CAGGAAGAGCUGAAAGCUGCCUACCGCCGCCUGUGUAUGCUGUACCACCCGGACAAGCACAGAGACCCCGAGCUCAAAACGCAAGCUGAGCGGCUCUUUAACCUUGUUCACCAAGCUUAUGAAGUGCUUAGUGAUCCACAGACCCGAGCCAUCUAUGACAUAUAUGGGAGGAGAGGACUGGAAAUGGAAGGAUGGGAGGUUGUGGAAAGGAAGCGAACGCCAGCUGAAAUCAGGGAAGAAUUUGAGCGUUUGCAGAGAGAGAGGGAAGAGAGAAGGUUGCAGCAGCGAACUAAUCCAAAGGGAACAAUUAGUGUUGGAAUAGAUGCCACUGACCUCUUUGAUCGUUACGACGAGGAAUACGAAGAUGUGCCUGGGAGCAGCUUUCCGCAGAUUGAGAUAAACAAAAUGCACAUAUCCCAGUCCAUUGAGGCACCGCUGACUGCCACGGACACAGCCAUACUGUCUGGUAACCUUUCCACUCAGAAUGGGAAUGGAGGUGGAUCCAUUAACCUUGCUCUGAGACGAGUGACUUCUGCCAAGGGAUGGGGAGAGUUGGAGUUUGGAGCAGGAGACCUUCAGGGACCUCUCUUUGGCCUGAAGAUAUUCCGUAAUCUUACACCAAGAUGUUUCAUCACUACAAACUGUGCCCUACAGUUUUCAUCCCGUGGGAUUCGCCCAGGCCUCACCACGGUCCUGGCCCGCAACCUCGACAAGAACACGAUGGGGUACUUACAGUGGCGGUGGGGCAUCCAGUCAGCCAUGAACACGAGCAUUGUCCGGGACACCAAAACCAGCCAUUUCACUGUGGCGUUACAGCUGGGCAUCCCCCAUUCUUUCAUGAUGGUCAGUUAUCAGCAUAAGUUUCAGGAUGAGGAUCAAACACGAGUGAAAGGUUCUGUCAAGGCAGGUUUCUUUGGGACCAUAGUGGAGUACGGAGCAGAGAGGAAGAUUUCCAGACACAGCGUUUUAGGAGCCACCGUCAGCAUCGGCGUUCCCCAAGGAGUGUCUUUGAAAAUCAAGUUGAAUAGGGCUAGCCAGACCUACUUCUUCCCUGUCCACCUAACAGAUCAGCUGCUUCCCAGCGCUGUGUUCUAUGCCACCGUGGGACCUCUAGUGAUCUACUUCGCCAUGCACAGGCUAAUCAUCAAACCCUACCUCAAGGCACAGAAGGAGAGGGAGCUGGAGAAGCAAAGGGAGAGCACAGCCAGCGACAUCCUCCAGAAGAAGCAGGAGGCUGAAGCCGCGGUCCGGUUAAUGCAAGAGUCCGUCCGGAGGAUAAUCGAAGCGGAGGAAGCCAGAAUGGGUUUGAUUGUAGUGAACGCCUGGUAUGGGAAGUUUGUCAAUGACAACAGCAGGAAGAACGAGAAGGUGAAAGUAAUAGAUGUGACCGUGCCCCUGCAGUGCUUGGUGAAAGACUCCAAACUCAUCCUCACAGAGGCGUCCAAGGCCGGGCUGCCGGGUUUCUACGACCCCUGCGUGGGUGAGGAGAAGAGUCUGAAAGUGCUCUAUCAGUUCCGAGGAGUUCUGCACCAAGUCAUGUCCGCUGACAACGAGGCCCUUAGGAUACCAAAGCAAUCUCACAGAAUCGAUGCCGAUGGCUAAUCAGGUGGGA